AUGGACUUCAGUGAAAACUGUACCUGUAAAUAUGCAACAGAAAUCCAGUCGGCUCAUUUCGGGGGAUCAAAACCCCAAAUUUCACUUCAUACAGUUGUAGUGUAUUACAAAGUUAAUGAGUAUUCGAAAUCGGUAAACAAAUCAUUCUGCACCAUUUCUGAAAACCUGAGGCAUGAUCCAGCUGCAAUAUGUGCACAUUUUAAUCCAAUAGCUGACGAAGUACGUAAACUAAUUCCAAACUUACAAACAGCUCAUUUUCUCAGUGAUGGCCCGACCACUCAGUACAAAAACAGGAAGAUGUUUUUUUUAAUGGUAACAUAUCUAACAAAAAUGCUUGGAGUCUAA